AUGAUAGGCUCCUCCAAUGCCGAGAAGACUGACAUGGCGAUGGAACUCCAGGCCGCCCUCACCAAGGCAAAGCUCGAUGCCAGGUCCGCUCUCCGGGUGCAGGCCGUCGACAUCUCUAGCAUCAAACUCCUCGUCCCCAUCACUCUCGAUCUCCAGGUGGGCAACUAUGCCCAAUGGCAUGGCUUGUUCGAGGUCACCCUCGAGAAGUUUUCCCUCGAUGAUCAUGUCCAUGCACCCUCCUCUUCGUCUCUGGACGCGCAAUGGCUUCGUCUCAACGCCUUCGUCUGUUCUUGGUUGUACGUUGUUGUCUCCAUCGAUCUCCUUGCCAUGGUGAUGGACUCGGCGGCCACAUCACGUGACAUUUGGUCACGCAUCGAAGGCUUAUACCGCGACAACACCGACACUAGGGUCAUCUACCUCAAGCAAGAGUUCCACAAGCUCAUGCAAGGUUUGAUGUUUGUAGCUGAUUAUUGCCGCAAACAGAAGACCCUCGCCGAUGAACUCACCGUCAUGGGCACACCAAUUGUCGACAAAAGCCUCAUCCUCAACACUCUCCAUGGCUUGAACCAGCGUUUCGCUCAUAUGCGCAUGCUGCUAUCUAUGCAGCUUCUUCUGCCGACCUUCCUCGUUGUGCACUUAGCACUUCUGCUUGAGGAACUCAUGAUGAGCACAAAGGACUCCGCACCUUCAGCUCCAAAACCUCCUCCAAUAACUCUUCCUAAGACACCGACGACGGUUCCUCCUAUGGCCACACCAACAGCAAUGGCGCCUCCAACAAUUGGCAACACAACGGUAGCUCCUCUUCCAACAACUAUCAUCGCAACUCCAGACGGUGGCUCACGCAACACCACACUACCCGGUGGCCAAGGACAUGCCUCCUAA